CAAAAUUAUUAUAAAUAAUGGCAACUAAAAUGGAAGCUGUCUUUUUGCAGAUAGAUGUCUAGUUAACAAAUCAAUAUACCUUAACGUGUUUACAAAAUGUUUGUACGUAUAAAAUACGCAAUUGGCUUUAUAUAUCUGAUCACUUUAAAUGUAAAAGCAAAUUUUCUCGAUGUGCAGUCAUCCCCACAAGACUACAGUCCAGAAAUUGUUCGUGUGAAGCGUCAAGAUGGGACACGGGAGCAGCAAAUGUAUUACGCGUAUCCAGUUCCAUCGAGUGGCGAUACCGUCAAUAUCGGCUACUCAAGUUCCACUGCGGCUUCUACAGCUGCUACUGGCGGAUCUGCUAGCGGUGCAAGCGGGUACAAUUAUGGCAGCCAAAGCUCAGGCGCGUCAGGUUCACAGGCAAGUUCGGGUGGAACAUCUUCCGGUUAUAACUACGGAACUCAAAAUGCUGCCACGUCUGGUAGUCAGGCAUCUUCGGGCGCGGGCCCCAGUGGUUACAAUUACAACGUACCAACAUCAACCGCACCGAAUAUAGUUGCUUCUGACAGUGUGUCGACUAAUGCUCCUAAGUAUCUACCUCCUGUAGCGGGAGGCAACGCUCAGGUAGAUGUCAGUUUAUCAGCCAAUGUACCAUCUGUAGGUGGCACACCUGAGCCGAUUAAACCGUUAAGUCCAACCACAUUACAGUUUAGUUCACCUGGCCCUGUCCAGGUGCCUGAAACAAACUAUUUGCCUCCGAAACCUGCUCCUCCUUCCGAACCACUUCCUGCACCCACUCCAGCCCAAUCCCCAGCUCCCAUUGCAGUUCCGGCUCCAUCACCGACUACCGGAUAUUUGCCUCCUUCAGGAUACGGCACUGUAUCAACGCCAGCAGCAACUUAUUUACCACCGGUUUUAUAAAUAGUAUUUUGAUUCACUUAAAUGUACUUCUUUCUAGAUGUAUUUAUUUAUUAAUUUACCUCUAUAAAUAAAUAGACAAAAAUAUUUUUUCGUUUUACUCAACCUUAGAUAAGGAAGCCUCAGAUAAUAAACUUGGCCACAGUGCGCCACCAGGCUACGCCUUUUCCCUGACGUCAGAGCUACUACUAUUAUACCACAGGGAAAUAAUUUAGGAAUGUAAACAAAAAAUAAAAAAAAAAAAAUAAAAAAAAAGUUAAAAAAUACUUUUUUUUACUUUUUUUUUAUUUUUUUUUAAAGUGUAAAGUUUUUAAAAAUAUUUGUCUACAGAUGCAAAUCUACUCAGAUAGGAAUAGUGACAAACUCGGCUCGUUUGCGUUGGCACUUUGAUACUAGCCACUUGCCGCGUACUCGCUUCGAUUGGAAAAAACCGGUUUGUGCUAACUCGGUCAGUGCCUGAAUUCGGUGUUUAUACCUACGAGC